GGCGAUUUGGACCGAUUUUGAGUCGCCGGAGGCGAUUUCCGGCGAGACUCCGACGAGCACUUCCGAGCAGAUAUUAGCCUUUUCGUCGCUUCCGUUGCCUUCCCCUCAUCAUCCCCUACACCUCUACUUGUGUCUCCAGGUUUGAUUUUGACCUUAACCUUGUGAUUUAUGGAGAAUUGGGUGUUAGGGUGUAUGUUUAGAGAACAACCUUGAAUCAUGUGAAUUGUGUGCAAUUGAUUGAGGGGAAAGCUUGGUUUGUGUGUGAAUUGUGUUGGGCAAUGUCCCCCAUGCUUGUUUGAGCCCUUGUGUGCAAGAAAUUUGUCAAUUUCAUGCUUAACUUAAUAGUGCACACAAGGUGUUCGAUGAAAUGCCUGUUUUUCAUGCCAUUUUGUGGGCGCCGGUUGGGGCCUUUAAUGAUGUGCUUUGAGGGUGUGUUUUCUAUGGAUGUGAACCUUGAGUUGCCUACUUUUUCAUGGAUGUGCACCGCCACCCGAUUAUGCUUGUUUGAUCGAGUUUUUGACCCCCGAACUAUGGAUGAAACCAUGGUUCGGCUGUUUUCUGUUCUUAAGUGUGGGGGUGUGAUUAACCUUUCCUUUGGCUCUUUUGGUUCCACUUUGGGUUGUUAUUUUGCAGGACCAUGACGAAACCCGACCUCAAGCACCCGUUUAUUCGAGAUUUGGAGAGGGGCCCUCACCAGGAUCAUUUUAAGAGCGUCAUGGCCUGCUCGUUUGGGCAGCAUCAUUGCUGGUCUAGGCGGGAGUUUGAGAAGCUGCACUGCUACGAGCACUUCUCCGCCAUUGUCACCAACCUCCCCUGGCGCCGUCUACUAUGCAUUCACGAGAAGAUUUACCACGACCUCGUGCUUGAGUUCUAUACGACCUUCAAGCACGAAGUGACGGAGGAUUGGACAGACGGUGAAGCCGUCAAGUUCCGGCUCGGCGGUGCACCCCGAUCCAUGAGCUACCACGACUUGGGGACCGCCCUCGGCCUCGGCCUGGCCGAUGAUAGGGAAUACGUCACCGAGCUCACCGAGCCAGAGGGGGUGAACUUCAAGACACUGUACACCCGCCUAGCUCAACCACGCCAGCGUCCCUUCAUGGCGGGGCGGACGAAGGCCAGCGCCUUGCAGCUCGACAACCGCAUUCUCCACCACUUGCUGGCAAAGUCCUAUACUCCGGCCUCGGACAGUGCCAGCAUCAUCACUAAGAGAGCCAUGUACUUCAUCCAGUCCAUGCUCUAGGGGGAUCAUCUUCUCCACUUGGGUUCUGCGGUGGCAAGAACCUUCGACA